GCCGGAGAGCUGCUCGGCGCCCUCAGCAGGCAGGAGGGGGCCCACUUGUUCGAGAAAUUCGUGGACAAAAAGGCAGCGCCCGGGUACUACGAGGUGGUCCGCAGGCCCAUGGCCUUCUGCUGCGUCCGCAGCAAACUCAAGAGGCACUUCUACCAAACGCCGCACGCCUUUCUCGCGGACCUGCAGCUCGUCUUCGACAACUGCGCGCUCUACAACCCGCCGAACUCCUGGGUCGGCGCCAUCGGCAAGAGCCUCCACCGCUUCUUCCUCAACCAGCUGGUGGUGAUGCGUUUCAACGAUCAUGUUGCUGCCUUUAACAAGAUCUAUGCGGGACUGCAGCAGGUGGCGCAGCAGAACGAGCUGCACAGGCAGCAGCAGCAGCAGCAGCAGCAGCAGCAGCAGCAGCAGCUGCAGCAGCAGCAGCUGCAGCAGCAGCAGCUGCAGCAGCAAGUGGGAGAGACGCCGCUCAAGACGGAACAGGCCGAGCCAGCAGCGGCUGCCAAGUCCGAAGCAGAAGCAGCAAAUGCCGCACCUGCUGCUGCUGCUGCUGCUGCAGCACCUGCUGCUGUACCUGCUCCUGUUAGAGCACCUGUUGCUGCAGCGCCUGUGCCGGCCGCAACACCUGCUGUUGCAGCACCUGCUGCUGCUGCAACACCUGUUGCUGCUGCAACACCUACGGCUGCUGCAGCACCUGUUGCUGCCGCAACGCCUGUGCCUGCUGCAACACCUGCUGCUGCUGCGGCACCUGCGCCUGCUGUAGCACCUGUUGCUGCUGCAGCGCCUGUUGCUGUUGCAACACCUGUUGCUGCUGCAGCAGCUGCACCGAACACAGUCCCCACAGAUGCACCUGCAGCAGCACCAGGAGGGGCAGCUGCAGCACCAGCACCUGCUGCACCAGCAGCAGCUGCAGCAGCACCCCAGGCAGCACCCGCAGCGACACAGCCACCUGCAGCACCUGCAGCGGGACCGCCGGCCACAGCAGCAGCUGCCCCAGCAGCAGCAGCAGCAGAAGCAGCACCAGCAAUGGUAGCAGCAGCCGGGGAAGCCCCUCCAAGUUAG